UUCCCAUUCGUUAUCUCCAAGGGCUCUUUAUGUGGGGAAGUGUAGAAAAGGCUAGAUAUAUACAGUGUGGAAUUUUGGAAAAACUGAAAGAUAUUUUUAAUAGACACUUGAUUUAGGCAAGACAGGUGUUUUACUGCCCAUAGCGUUUCUGAAGGAAAGGAGAUUCACUGAGGACAAUCUCUCAGCAUGCAACAGACCUGACAUUCUUAAUCUGAGAGUCAGCUGACAGAGAAAAAAUAACACAGGAAGCUUGGCUGAGAUUUUAGAUAAAAUGAUCUGAAACAGGAUGUAUGCCUUAUCAGUUUGUUGACAGUGAGAAAAAAGAAGGAAGCAAUUUGAUCAUCUUGGAGACAAUCACUGGAAGACAAAGUCAAGAUGUGCUUCUUUAAUGACACCAAAUUGUGAACACCUAGAAGCCUAUUACUGUGCCUGCAUAAGCCUCUACUCUUGGUUGUUUCUCCAUGUCUGAGCUGGAGUGGUCUGCUGCCUCUCCCUCCCCCCUCUCCCAGUGCGACUACAGCGAGUGGCGUGCCACGCGGGUGCUGAUUCCAGCUGUUUACCUCCUCGCCUUCGUGGCUGGAACACUGGGUAAUGGUCUAGUGCUGUGGGUGUACCUGGACCGUCGUGCCAGAGGCCGCAUGAGAAAAGGCAGCUGCUCCAACUCUGAGCAGACCCAGGAAGCGUCUCACAGCACCUCUCGAUCCUCCCGCUCCGUUACGGAGUCACUGAUCGCCAGCCUGGCCUUGGCUGACCUUGUGUUUGUCACGACACUCCCGCUGUGGGCAGUGUACACGGCGCUGGACUACCACUGGCCCUUCGGCAGUGUGCUCUGUCGCAUCAGCAGCUAUCUGGUGGCUCUCAACAUGUAUGCCAGCGUGUUCUCUCUGACCAGCCUCAGUGUGGAGCGCUACUGCGUGAUCGUACAGGGCCGCAACAGCAACGGUGCACGUAGCAGAGCUGCUGCCAGGGCACGGCAGGUCGUAGGAGGCGUGUGGACAGCAGCCUGUGUCCUGGCACUUCCUGCACUGCUUCUACGAACCGUGCGAGAGGUGCACUUGGAGGGUGGCUCCGACGGUGACUGGCCAGAGGAGGGUGAGGCUGGUGCCACACAUUGCUUAUGUGACAUGGACUACUCCAGUGUGGUGUCUGCUGACCUCGACCCUGCCACACGGGAGCAGGCAGAGCUGCUGUGGUCCACGGUGCUGGGCUUGAAGUCAACCCUACUGGGCUUCCUGCUUCCUCUCACUGUGCUGCUGCUAUGUUACUGCUCGCUGGGGAGGCUCCUCUCCCAGCACUUCAGCCUGGGUCCCCGGCCCGACCGGCCUCGGCAGCGCAGGCUCCUGCGUGUCAUCACCUCCCUUGUCCUGGCCUUCUUCCUCUGCUGGCUGCCCUUUCACACCAACAAAACCCUCUCAGCACUGGUGGAACUGGGCUUCCUGCCCUACUCCUGUGACUUUGACCAGUGGCUGAUGGGAGCACACCCAUACGCCAUCUGUCUGGGCUACGCCAACAGCUGCCUCAACCCUCUGCUCUACACUUGCUGUGACCCAGCCUUCCGGCGCUACUGCCGCGCCGUUGCCCAUCGCAUCUGCAGGCAGCAGGGGAGAGAGUCCCCCAGCAAAAGCUCCGUCAUACAGUCAGGGACAAAGGGAGAGACAGAAGAGGAGGUAGUGCGAGACAGAGUUAUGGAGGGACAGGGAGACACAGCUCCAGCAUAGUAAAAGAGCACCAAAGUGUAUUGUUUGGAGGGACUUUAAAUGACUUUAGUCCACAUUUUGGACUACAUGAAAAAAAACCAACAGCAAGUAAUGCUGAUUAAUUCUGUAUUUCUAUAUUCAGAACAUAGCAAUUGGGACUAGACACCGAGGUGAUGGGUUACUGUGUUUAAGAUGAAGGAAACUGUGGGCCAAGAUCUAGACCUGUGUUUGUUCCUUUUGUGCACCUCUACAGAAAGAUGAGUAGAUACAUAGAACAUAUCUUAUUCUCAACAUCUCUUAAGUAGUAUUUUGUAUAAGUAAAUUUCACAUUUUGCUUGAGACAAAUUCAUGUUUAAAUAAAGGGGAUUUCCACAUUUCCAAAGCUUGACCUUUUUUAACCACUGUAGCAUAUGUGAAGACAUUUGUUGCAACAGUCAUAAAAUAUAUAUGCUAUAUGCUUAAUGUGCUUGUUCGUCAUUGUUUGAUAACGGACAUUCAACUGUGCUUGAAAAUCAAAUUUACAUGUGAAAUAAAUCAUGAAGUGCAUCCAUGGAAAAAAGUAACUUUUUAAUGGAUUUUCACAAACAGCUAACUGAAAAACACCAGGUGGUCAUUACUAGCCAAUCGAUUCCAAUAGGCUGAAGACAUGGUUUAUCUGGACACUCAGCAGUGUAUUAUUUUUUCUCACACACACACACACACACACACACACACACACACACACACACACACA